CACUUUGCUUUUUCUACAAUUCAAUGCUGCCAAGUUUGCUUGUUAGGCUGAGACUCUUAUCAGAAAUUACAUUUUUAUCAUAGCUUGACGCGUCGCACUGACAAAAGAUGUGCAGUAAUGAGUUUAGACGAAUUAAAAAACAUAAUAGCGCCGACAGCAUCUAUCUCGACGAUCUUACAGUUUUUAAGUGGAACGUUGAUUUGCUUGAAAAUCGCUCGAAAUAAAAGUACAGGUGACAUUUCUCCAUUCCCCUUCAUUAGUGGAUGUUUAUCGACUAGUUUAUGGUUGCGUUACGGGUUUUACAUUGAUGAUAGUUCCAUAAUUUUAGUGAAUACGAUAGGGGCGAGCUUGUUUUUCGCCUAUGUCGUGACGUUUUUUAUUUAUAGUAUAAAGAAGUCGAUGGUGUUACGGCAGACAGUUGGGUGUACUGCUGUUUUGGUUGCGACGUUGUUGUAUGUACAAAAUCAGGAGAGUUUUGAAGAAGCUAAGAAAUGUCUGGGGAUUGUUUGCUGCAUUGUGACUAUUUUGUUUUUUGCUGCGCCAUUAGCGUCUCUCUUACAUGUAAUUAAAAUGAAAAGUACUGAAAGUUUGCCUUUUCCAAUUAUUUUGGCCAGUUUUAUAACGUCGUUGCAGUGGUUGCUGUAUGGGAUUAUUCUUGAAGAUAAGUUUAUACAGAUACCCAAUUUCCUGGGUUGUGUUCUGUCAGGAUUCCAGUUGACGCUGUUUUGUUUAUACCCCUCAACACCCAAAGGAUAUAAUAGUGAAUUUAUCUGAUUUUUACUUGUAAAUAUUUAUAUUUAAAACAAAUAAACUGUCAGCAAGUAACAUUUUAAGAUAA